UUAAUGAAUAACAAAAGUCCGCUCAAGUCAAGCGAACAGAACAAAAAACGCAGUCCAUAACUAACAGAGUUGCGAGAUUUCAGACUUGCAAAAAUCUCAGAUUGUGAAGAAAACUAGACGAAAAAUGGCUUCUACGGAAUCGAAGACGGUGCAUUCGGCAGCUCUCACUUAUUUUUCUAUGAUUUCUCUUCUCACUCUCUGUCCUCCCUUCGUUAUUUUGCUAUGGUAUACGAUGGUGCAUGCCGAUGGGUCUAUUAUCCAGACCUUUGAUUACUUGAGGCAACAUGGGCUGCAAGGAUUUGUAGAUAUAUGGCCAAGACCCACUGUUACGGCUUGGAAAAUAAUUGCUUGUUAUGCAGCAUUUGAGGCUGCCCUUCAGCUUCUUCUGCCUGGAAAAAGGGUUGAGGGCCCAAUAUCUCCUGCUGGGAACCGACCUGUUUACAAGGCAAAUGGUAUGGCAGCGUACACAGUGACACUUGUGACCUAUCUAAGCCUUUGGUGGUUCGGCAUAUUCAAUCCCACAAUUGUUUAUGAUCAUUUGGGAGAAAUAUUUUCAGCUCUCAUUUUUGGAAGCCUCAUUUUUUGUGUUUUCUUAUACAUUAAAGGUCAUUUGGCCCCAUCUUCCAGUGAUUCUGGUUCAUGUGGGAACAUAAUAAUUGAUUUCUACUGGGGUAUGGAGCUAUAUCCUCGAAUUGGUAAGAACUUUGACAUCAAAGUUUUCACAAACUGCAGAUUUGGGAUGAUGUCGUGGGCAGUUCUUGCUGUUACCUACUGUAUUAAGCAGUAUGAGCAGAAUGGGAGAGUUGCAGAUUCCAUGCUUGUAAAUACAAUAUUGAUGCUGGUUUAUGUUACAAAGUUCUUUUGGUGGGAAGCUGGGUAUUGGAACACUAUGGACAUUGCACAUGAUCGAGCUGGUUUUUAUAUUUGUUGGGGAUGCUUGGUGUGGGUUCCGUCUAUAUAUACUUCCCCUGGCAUGUACCUAGUUAAUCAUCCCGUGCAUCUUGGAACUCAGCUUGCACUUUUCAUUCUAGUAGCAGGACUUCUUUGCAUAUACAUCAACUAUGACUGUGACAGGCAAAGACAAGAAUUCCGUAGAACAAAUGGCAAAUGCUUGGUUUGGGGCAAGGCACCUUCAAAGAUUGUAGCCUCAUACCAGACAACUUCUGGGGAAACAAAAACAAGCCUUCUUUUGACAUCAGGAUGGUGGGGCUUAUCUCGUCAUUUCCAUUAUGUACCUGAAAUAUCCGCUGCCUUUUUCUGGACUGUACCAGCUCUCUUUAAUCAUUUCUUACCUUACUUCUAUGUAGUGUUCCUUACAGUACUUCUUUUGGACCGAGCCAAAAGGGAUGAUGACAGAUGUCGAUCCAAGUACGGAAAAUACUGGAAACUAUACUGUGAUAAGGUUCGCUACCGGGUCGUUCCCGGAAUCUACUGAGACAUCUCUCACAGAUCAAUCUGCUACCGUGAAUCAUCUUAAAUUUCCUUGGCCCAUUUUUAUCAUAUGAUCGACUUUUUGAUUUAAUGUAAUAAUAUCUCCUAAGUUUUGAUUCUUACUACGACACUUUUGAGUUUUGAAGUGCUUCUAAGUUUUGAUUUAUAUGUA